GCAUUCUAUCCAAUCACAGUGCUGGAUAUCGAUCACGUGAUGGACGGAGGGUCACGAUUUCCGGCUUGUGCCAGUGCAGUGUUUUACGAUAUAUCUUCCAACCAAACUGAGCAAAUUUCACCACAUUUUAACGUUUUGGGCCGAUAUUUGCGCAUUUUCCUCCGAUGGUUAGACAAGCGAGGCCUCCAUAAAUGUCUCAUGGUGAGAACAUCACCUCUCAGGUGAGCCAGUUGUCUGCUGAGGUGGAGCCUUUUGUGCCCUCUGCGCUCCCUCUCCCGACCUCUGACCCCAGCGGGGGCACACAGCCGCACGUCCUCCCUAGAUAUGUCACAUCGUGUUACCCGUUUGUUCAACCUCCGGAGGUGACACCUGAGGGUUACGUCCAAGAAGUCCGCUGGCCAAGUUCUGUACCUAACCCCCAGUAUAACCCCUAUCCACCCCUCUCCCCCCAGCCCCACCUCCCACAUUAUUACCCUCCUCACAACACCCCACCGCCACCAGGACCGUUUCUACCUCACCCCUCUCCUUACCCCCCUCCCCUGUAUGCAGGGUACCCCCCUCCCCCUCAUCUAUACCCACCACCCUAUGGGACCAGGUCUCCAACACAGCAGGUCACAAAACAGAAGACCCGAAGGAGAAGCGGCUCACGGUCAGUUCAAACCAAGAGUAUCGCUGUCCAGAAGGAGGCAUCCAGCAACAGUCCUGUCCACAACAGACACAGAACUAUCAUUUUACUGGAUGCCAGUCAACAAACUGAUUUCCCUGACGACAUUGCAGACAAGUCCUUACGGGAUAAACCCAGCCCACUGCUGAGGAAGUCCAAAGCCCGCAGGUUGGCAAGUCGUAGGCCGCAGGAUCCGUCGUCAACAGACUCAGAAGAGGACGAGGGGGGCAUCGAUAGCGACUCUGGCUACAGCAGUCCGAAACACGGCAGGAAUCAGAGCGCAAAUAGUAGUACGUCAGAAGCCGCCACUGGGACUUGUAUUGUUCAACAGGCUGGUGCUCCACUAGAUUAUGCUGGUUACAUCCCACCACACUACUACCAAGCCUACGGAUUCACCCACCAACACACCUCUCACGUGGGGCUGACGCACCCCCCACCACCCGGACCUAUGAUCCGACAAGACACAGCCAGCCCCAGGGGUAGGGGAAGAGGGAGGGGGGCCUGGGGACAACCACCACCCCCACUACCAGGGGAAGCAAAAGGAAAAUGGCGACAGAGAAAGAGAUCGCCAAAGAACAGUGGAGGGAGGGAAAGAGAGGAGCACCCAGAGUUGGAUGGUUCGACCCUGCCCUCUACCCCCCGUUCUGUGGCCAGUAGUGAUGCGGAGUCCUUACAGUUCCAUGAUGAGAUGGAGUUCCCCAGUCUGGGGGCACCACAACAGUCUCAGGCACAGAACCCAUCGGCUCCCAUGUCAUAUAGCGCUAUACUACAGACUGCUGCACCACCUAAGUUGCCUGGCUCCCAGGAACCCCUGAAUCCUGCGACUGUAGUCUCGACACCUGUUGAAGUGAAAAAAGAGGGGAAGAAUGCCAGAAAGAAGAGGAAAAAGGCUCUGCUAGCAGCCAAGGCUGCUGCUGAGGAGUAUUCAGAGAUCACUCAGGAACAGUCCAAACUUCAGGAGAUUCAGAAGAAGGCGUCUGGGAAGAAGAGUAAGCAGCCGAUGCAGCUGGACCUGGGUGACAUGCUGGCAGCGCUGGAGAAGCGACAGCAGGAGCUGAAGCUCAAGACAGCUGCUGGCCCAGCCAAGACAGCCGCUGUAUCAACAGGAACAGUACCUGUACAAGUGGUAUCAUCAGACAAUAAACAGUGGAGUGGUAAGAAAGAGGCUUCCAAUGUAAGUAUGCCUCACAAUCCCUUGGACUCACAUGCUCCCGCUGUCAAGAGAGGCAAGGAGAGAGAAACCCCACACAAGAAGAAACCAAGUGCCUUGAAGAAGGUUAUUCUGAAGGAACGGGAAGACAAGAAGAUGCAGAAAUUGAUGGAGGACCAGGCACACUCGGACGCGGAAACUGGCGAGGUCCCGUCCAGCACGGCGUGCUAUAUCCCGUUUUCCAUGGAAGAUUCAGACGGCGGGACGUCCCAGGAGGGUGAGAACACCACAAAUUCCCCCCUUUCAGCCAAAUUCGAUCAAAUCACGCAGGACAAUAAUGCAGGAUCACCACCAGACACCCUUAAACCGGUAGAACUUGUGAAAACCUCCGGGCAAACUGCAAUGGAGGAUUUCAAUGAUGAUGAUGAUGUUGAUGAUUGGGAAGAAGAGCCCAAAGCAAUGUCUGCACCCGAACCAAAAGAAGAGGAGUAUUAUGGGGCCCUGUCACAAGAUGACCACAGCUUCCGUGGUUCCAUGAGCCUGAGUGCAACGGGAAGUGAACUAUCACCCCUGAGCCAAGCGAUGUCACCAAUCAACUUCAGCCCGCUGUCGUCUGCGUCGCCGCUGUCCUCUGGAACGGGUAGCCCGCUGUGCGCACCAUCUCCCAUCGGACCGAAAAUCCACAGCCGGCGGUUCCGCGAGUACUGCAACCAGGUCCUGGACAAGGAAAUUGACGCUACCGUCACAAUGCUGCUGCAAGAUUUGGUUCGCUUCCAGGACAGGCAGUACCAUAAGGACCCAAUCAAGGCCAAGGCCAAAAGACGUAUUGUCAUGGGGUUACGCGAGGUCACCAAGCACCUGAAACUGAGGAAGCUGAAAUGCAUCAUCAUUGCUCCAAACCUGGAGAAAAUACAGUCCAAAGGUGGUCUUGACGAUGCUAUUGAGACCAUACUGAACCUGUGUAUGGAGCAGGACGUACCAUUUGUGUUUGCUUUGGGGAGAAAAGCCCUUGGCAGGGCUGUGAACAAACUGGUACCUGUCAGCGUGGUGGGGGUCUUCAACUAUGAUGGUGCAGAGGAACAUUUUAAGACAAUGGUAGAGCUGACCACCCAAGCACGCAAUGCCUACAUCGACAUGGUCACCAUCUACAGACAGGAAUGGGAGCAAAUGCAGGCAAUGAGGAAUAGCGGCCAGCCAAUUUACCCCGCUCACUUAGGCCACUCUCGUAAUCCGUCCGCUGCGUCUGCUGUCUCCUUCAGCAGUGUCCUCUCUGAGACAAUCUCCGAGUGUCACCCAGAGCACGACGGGGACAUUGAAGGGCCAAAGAUCAAGGUUGAGGCGGCAAAGGUCACGGAGGAGUCAAAGCUGAAAGGUCAAGAGGAGUGCACUGAACAGGGUGCCAUUAAAGCAGAGCCCACAAAAGAAAGCCUGAAUAGUGAAACAGAAAAUAACUUGAAAGAAAACUCAAGUGAGAGUAACUCUGACAGGGCUGACGUGGAGUCUGAGUCAUCUGAAGGACCAGAGUCGGUGUCGCGGCACUCGGAGAUCGUUGAGUUCCCGCCUGCGUACGACGACGUCUUAACCAGCUCAGCUGCCACGACAGUUGUUAACGGAGCGGAGAGCGAGGUGACAGAUGUUGUAGAGGAGGAAGGAGAUGUGCUGAACACUUCCUGUAGUUCAUCCAAGCUACGCGUGCUCGACACGGGAAGAAUUGAGAGCUGGGUCGUUGAGGCAUCCCAGUGUGUGGAGAAACUGGAUCUUGAUCCUCAGCAACAUGCUGAGGAGAAAAUAGACCCUGAUCAGAAGAAGGCAGAAAGCAAAGUAACUUCAGAACAGGACUCGUCAAAAGACCUUCGGGCUGAUUCCAAGCCAGAUGUCGACACAAGACCUGGCCGUAAUGUCUCCCCUACAAAGCAGAUGGACUCUACCCCAGCAGAAGAGCAGAACACAGCAAACUGUGACCUUAGCAACCUGAAACAGAAUGUGCAACUUCAAUCCGAGGGGGGAGAAGUUUCAGCGGAAAAGAAGACAAUAGCAAGUAAGGAUGAGGAUUCAACAGCGGGGCAAACUGGCUCGUUAUCAGAACCCGCAGAUGAAGUUGGCAAGUUCAAUGGGACAGUGUCCACGGAAAUCAAUGACAGAUAGCGGGAAUAUUAAAUCAUUGUAAAAAAAAGUGUUUACAAUAUGGUGAUGAUAGAAAGAGUAAGGGUACAAUUUGUAAAAUAGUUUGACUUCACAUUUUGAGAAUAGCAAAUCCACUGCUAGAGUGCUAACCUUUUUUUUUAACCCACUCCAUUUGUGUUUGAUUUGUUUAUCAAAAGUAAGGUACCAUAGAGAAAAGUGUGUUUUUCUCAAUGUGACAAGUGUAUACACCAUAAUGAAUUGUGGAAUACUGUACUGUAUCUGUCAUAGAUGGUUUGUUCAAUAGAAUAUCAUGCCUUUAUUAUGGCAAUAUGAAUUAUAUCACGUUUGCAAUGGCCCAAGGCAACAAAACAUUAGGUCUGAAGAAAAUUUAACAUUGCUAGAAAAUGUUGAAUGUUUUCCUUUGAAUUGAGACAUGAAAUAUUUGAUAAGGUGUUGAAACUUCCUUAGAUUUGCUUGAUUGAAACUGUUGUGCUUUUUAGCAGAGUUUGUGUAACAGCUUCUUACACGAUUCUGCCAGGCCACAUAUAUUGGCUACCCAGAAAAAUGUGUCAGAAGCAGAUCUCUUAUGCAACGUACCCCAAUAUGAUUCACUCCUGCAUUUGUAAUCUGUGCAUAUUUUGGGUUGUUGCACCAGAGAUCACUCAAACAUACAUGUACUGUUUUCCGAUAGAAAAGUGCAAAAUAGAAGUACUACUGUAAUAAUGCACCAAAUACUGUAGAGAACAUUAACAAAGAAUUGAAUAUAUUCCUGAAGCUCUCCAAACGAAUCAGCUGAGAUUAAUUUUGAUUUUUUUUCAUCAACAUGUGCCCAUGUACUUUAAGUUUAUUAUUUAGUAUAUAAUGAAAGUGCUGUCAUGGUAUCACCUCAUCAUCAUUGUAGUAACUGUUGUGCAACAGAAAAUUCUACUGUCUUUUGCAAUCUACAUUGGUGGUCACUCCUAAAAGCUAAGGUCACUUUCAGAACUAAGUGAUAGCAAGAUAUUUUGCUUAGAGUAUCUUGAAAUGGCUUUACCUGUUUCAUAGAAAUAUGAAACUGUCCGAAUGAUUAAAACCAAGUACAACUUACAGUUGAAACCAAAAGGAAUAAGAAUUCAGUGUUCUUUUUACCCCAUGUCAUGUUUCAAAUGGAAUAGCCCAAAAUCAUGUACUUCAUCAUGAGAUUUGCCAAUUUUUGGUAUGACAGGGCCGAGAAGUUUCUUAUCGUUGGAAAAUGAUGGGUAUGACUUCAGAUCCAUGUCCGUAUGCUUUUGAUUGAAGUUCUUUAAACCAUUUUUUCAUUGUGUGCACUUAGUUCGGAACACAUUUAAAUUGGUUGGUGUGUGUCUGUCAUUUCCCUUCUUGCACAAUGUUGCUGCUACACAUCUUUCCAAGCAAAUACAGACCCACCUGUACAUGUCUGCCCUACAAUGCUAGAAUGCUAUGAUAUAGAAACAUACCCUUGUUUUUAAGGCAGACAACUUGUAUGCAGCAUCAGAAGUCCUGCUAUCCAUGACUGUACAAUAAAAUUUCCCCAGCUCUUCAAAAAGUAAGAUAAAAAGACACAGUUGCACAAUUUGUUAGUCUUACGUAUAUACUUUUUUAUAGUUCACUUCCUAUACAACAGGGAAGGAAAUGUAUCAUUUAUA